CAUUAACUAAUAAUACUAGUUCGUAUAAAUGAAUCUUAUGGCUGUUUAAUAUGAAACUAAUUUGUGGACAAAGUACAAAGUCUUUAUUGAAUCAUAUAUAAGAACAAAUUCUCAAUAAUCCUACAGACGACGAACAUGUUUCAACAUAUAACAAGUUUACAGAGCUUUUGUUUGAAUGUUAUCGGAAUGGGUCCGCUUCCAAAUCACGUGGCCUUGAUUAUGGAUGGAAAUAGAAGAUACGCGAAGAAAUUACAGAAGGAUACAAAAUAUGGACAUAAAAUUGGAUUCCACAAUAUACCGCAUAUUUUUCAUAUGUUCAAUUCAUUAGGUGUUAAACAUAUGACGGUAUACAUGUUCAGCAUAGAGAAUUUCAAAAGGUCUCCAGUUGAAAUUGAAAAUAUAUUCUGCGUGACUGAGGAAGUAUUACAACUGUUUUUGGACAACGUCGUUGAGCUGAAUCGAAUUGGCGCUUGCAUCCGUUUCAUAGGAAAUGCCAAGUUGAUACCAAAAAAUCUCCGACGAAUCUUCUGUAAAUUAUACUUGAAGACCAAAGAUGCUGCAACAAGUUACCUGAACAUCGCAUUCUGUUACACAUCUCGCGAGGAAAUCACACAUUCUAUUAAUUCCAUAUCGAUUGGGUAUCGAAGAAAUUUAAUUCAAGAUGAGGAUAUUGAUGAAAAUCUUUUAACUUCUUGCUGUUAUCUUGAAAAUCCUAAAGUGGAUUUGUUAAUUCGUACAUCCGGUGAGGUGAGACUGAGCGAUUAUUUGUUAUGGCAAACGUACGACGCGCAAAUUAUGUUCUUGGGUUGUACCUGGCCGGAGUUUGGUUUCUGGCAGAUUUUAUAUUGCAUGCUGAAGUAUCAGAGGAAUGUCAGUUGUUCAGAAGCGAUUGCGAAGAAGCAAUCGAAAUUGCAAAUGUGAAAUGGCAAUUUGUUGAAGAGCAUAAAGAUCAAAUGUUUAUAUCCAUUGUAAACUAUGCUUAUGAAACAUAAAAAUUUUGAA